AUGCCUAAAGCUGUGUUGAGUAUUAAAGAAAAAGUUAAUGUCAUUGAAAUACAUAAAAAUGAAAAACUUAGUGUACGCGAGUUAGCAAAAAAAUGUAAGAUCAGCAAAACUCAAGCUGCUUGCAUUGUAAAAAACAAAGACCAAAUUUUAAAAUUGUGGGACACUAAUGUCAAUCCAGAGAGAAAAAAGAGUAUGUUAAGUCCAAAGGGUCUUUGCAUUGAUAAAUUGUGCUACGAAUGGUUUGUGAAGGCUCGAAAUAAAGCUAUUCCUCUGUCGGGCACUCUUAUAAGAAGCAAAGCUAAAGAAAUUGCAGAAAAUAUGAAUUUCGCCGAUUUUAGUGCAUCAUCUGGCUGGCUUGAAAGGUUCAAAAAACGACAUAACAUAUCCUUCCGUACAAUUUCUGGAGAAGCUGCUAGUGUAAACCAAAAUGAUGUCAUAAAUUUUACAUAA